AUGGCCAGCUUCCAGGAGAAAGGGUCAAGCACUGGAUCGCAAGAAAAGGUCCUUGCUCGUGUUGAUGCUGCAUAUGUCUUAGAUGAGCGACGCCGAGCUGCUUUGGCUGAAGUUGACAAUGCCAAUUGGUUCCAUGCCAAACCCUUUCUCUACCGCAAGCUCAAUGGUUUUUUCAACAGCUACAAUAUCUUUGCCAUUAACAUCACCUCCAUGAUGCUUGGAUACGUCUAUGGACCAGAUUACGCUGGCCUCAACAAACAACAGGAUCUUGGUGUCAAAGUGGCCACUCCUGUUGGCACCUUGGUUGGUUGGCAGAUCUGCUCUGCAGACGGUAUAGAACUGCUUAUCAUUAUCGUUGUGACUUUUGCCCAAGCACUGUCUGGAAAUGCCGCCGCCAUCCACAUAGUUGGUGUUCUGAUUGUGUGGUGCUUCAUUCCCCAACGGAUGGGUAUUGGUAUUGGAGGCGACUACCCCCUUAGUGCUGUCAUCUCCUCUGAAUUCACGUCCACCAAAAUUUGUGGUUGCAUGAUGACCGCAGUGUUCGCUUUGCAGGGCUGGGGCAACUUCACUGCUGCCUUGGUUGCUUUCAUUAUUACCGCCACCUACAAGAGCGCCAUCCUUUCCGCUCUGUCUGUUGCAGAACUCGAAGCUGUUGACUUCAUGUGGCAUCUCCUCAUUGGUCUCGGAUGUGUGCCCGGCGUCAUCGCCCUAUAUUUCUGUCUGACAAUCCCUGAAACCCCCCGUUUCACUAUGGAUAUCGAGCACAACAUUGACCAUGCCUCUGCUGACAUCAAGAAUGUCCUCACCAACCAGAGGAACCGCCUCGACGAGGACGCUCCUGUUCAGUGCAUUGAAGCACCCAAGGCGAGCUGGAACAACUUCACCACCUACUUCGGACAGUGGAAGAACUUCAAGAUCAUCUUUGGAACCUCGUAUUCGUGGUUUGCCCUCGACAUUGCCUUCUAUGGCCUUGGCCUCAACUCCGCCAUCAUCUUGCAAGCCAUCGGUUUUGGAAAGCCCUCUACGACAGGCGUCAGGGGAGUCUAUGACAAUUUGAACAACAUUUGCAUCAGCAACCUGAUCCUGUUGGCUGCUGGCCUGAUUCCUGGAUACUGGGUCUCUUUCCUGUUCAUCGAUUCCUGGGGUCACAAGCCCAUCCAGCUCAUGGGUUUCAUUAUGCUGACUAUCCUCUUCGUUAUCCUUGGCUUCGGUUAUGACAGACUCAUCUCCCCUGCCGCUGCCACAAAGGCAUUUGUAUUCCUUUACUGCCUUGCCAACUUCUUCCAGAACUUUGGCCCUAACGUCACGACCUUCAUCAUCCCCAGAGAGAUUUUCCCCAUUUGUUACCGUUCGACUGCCCAUGGUAUCUCUGCUGCCAGUGGGAAGCUCGGAGCCAUCGUCGCACAGGUCGGCUUCAGCCAGCUGAAGGACAUUGGUGGCCCGAACAAAUUUGUGACGCAUAUGUAA